AUGGAGUUUGUUCAGGAAUCCGACUUCCAAGUAGAGGAAUUCUUGAGCUUUGGGGGUUCUGCUAAUGUAAGUUUUGUGUCGUUAAAUUGACAUAAAGUUAUUGUUGUACGUUUAAAAGAUCAUUCUAAGUAUGUUAGAUGCAAAAUGCUUUAAACCUAGCUUUUAUGGCAGUUUCUAGCCGCUGGCUAAAAGCUAUGGAGAUAACGGUUCACACAUUUAACGAUAAGAAGGCCUUAUCACAGUGUUUCAGCCCAACUUCUUCUAAAUGUUGUCAACGCCGAUCUGAUUAGAAUGUUUUGACUCAUCCCGUUUUGUUUAUAUAUUACAAAGCUAACUUGUAUAUUAUUGUAGGUGUACCUUGUGAACAAGCUCAACGGCGUAGACCGCAAGCAGCGCUACGCCAUGAAAGUAAUGAGCAAGGCUGUAGUCAUGCAGACAGAGCAUGGUAUCGACUGUCUGAUGGCAGAACGUGACUUGUUGGCUUACGUCGACAGUCCGUUUAUCGCCAAGCUUUACUAUGCAGUACAGUCGCCGUCCACAUUCUGUUUCAUAACAGAGUACGUCAGCGGCGGCACGUUGUUGACGUUCAUGGAGAGGUUGGGGGUGUUGAACAUUAAGUUUAAUAACCAGUUGACCAAGUUCUUUAUGAGUCAACUGGUGCUUAUAGUAGGCUAUCUACACGAUAGCUACAUAUUGUUCAGAGACUUGAAGCCCGAAAAUCUGAUGUUAGAGAAGAAUGGUAAGUCACUGAUAAAACAUGUCAUAUGAUCAUAGUUUUUGUAGUUUCUGUUUACUUUACAUAUGUUAAGACUAAUUUCCUAUAAGAAGAUGUUAUAAACUUAUGUUUUAGGCUACUUAAAGCUGAUUGAUUUCGGCCAUGCUAGGUUUAUUGAUAAAAUGAACCAAAAGGUCCACACAAUUGCUGGUACUCCCGGCUACAAGGCACCAGAAACACUAAAUCCAGCAGAUGGAUACACAAAAGCUGUUGAUUGGUGGGCGGCGGGCAUCAUCAUGUACGAGAUGAUGUACGACAGACAGCCGUUUAGCAACGAGGACCCCGCGGUUGAUAAAAAGGUAAGUUUUAAAAGACAAAAACUACUGUAAUUAAAAAAAAAGAGGUUGAUGUACUUUUGUAACACACUGUCUACUAUUUUGCAAUUAUUUGUGUAAAUGUCACAGUGCACAAUUAAUUGUACAAACAUAAUAUUUUAAACUUUCUAGUAUGCUACACGGGAAAUAAAGUACCCCGAAAGGUCCCACGUGGGUCCAGAUGCAGUUAACCUGAUUCAGCAACUACUUCAGAAGAAUCCUGAAAAGAGAAUAGGAAAAGGAAUCAACGACUACACUGAAGUCCAAAGCCACUUGUUCUUCAGACGAACCAAUUGGAGUGCUGUAGAGAAGAGAACGGUGAGAAUCUAAACAGUUUUGUGACGUAUUGUAUAGCGUUUUAAGGAUAGGUAUUAGUUUGUAAUGUAUUAAGAAUACUAUUUUUGUUACACAUAUAUCACAUAAUAAUUUUAUCCUAGUUUAAUGUUAUCUUGUUUAGGUACCUCCACCUUUGCCAGUUGGGUUGUCAACUAUAAUGGAGAUGGACUCGUUCCCAGAACGGCCUCAAAAGCUGCCAAAAGAAGAAGUUGAAGAAGUAUUAGAAGGCUUUUACUACAUCUCACCCCUCAUUGAUUCUAAAAUGGCAAAGAAACGAAAGUCAUCAGAUGUUGACGACCUAGAGUCAAAAAAGCAAUGUUUAUGUUAA